AUGUCCCCUUCUCGCCCAGAGCUGCUGACGGAGGAUGACGUCUACUGCCGGUGCCUGUCCCAGACGCUGUGCCACACGUCCACGCCGGUCACCGUGGGCGUCUACGCGCCCUGCGCCCGGCGCCUCUACUCGCUGCUCGACAAGGUCACGGGCUUCAUGAAGGAGGAGAUGGCGCGGCGCGAGGAGGCCGAGCUGCUGCGGAGCCACCAGCGGCCGCGCAGCCCCGAGGGCUGGGGGCUCCUGCUGGCCCUCUGGUACCUGGCCUUCUACAAGCCCGUCAUCACGGAGCUCCACCUGCGGAGGAGGAACAUGGAGUUCAUCUUCAUCCGCUUCAGCGCCUGGCAGUACGCCGGCUGCGACAAGCUCUGGGCCGGGCUGGUGACCACGCUCUGCGACAGCAUCCGCCACCACUUCGGCGCGCUGCCGCUCAGCGUCUACCACGUCCUGGGCAGCCGGCCCCGCUACGCGGCCGGCUUCAGCCAGCGCGAGUGGGAGCUCAAGAGGGGCACCUGCCUCAAGCUGUGGGGGCUGCUCGUGGUGCUGAGCGCCGGGCUCACCGCGCUGCUCGUGGCGCUGCUGGUGCCCGGCGUCAAGGAGAACCACGCGCUCAAGGUCAUCGGCAGCACCGUGGCGUCGCUCUCGGGCUCCGGCUUGGUGCUGGGCGCCGCCUCCAUCCUCAAGAACCUCUUUGUGAGCGAGAAGAAGAAGAUCGAGCGCCUGACCAACAGCGAGAAGUUCACGAGCCAGCUGGGCUUCAUGAGCAAGGUGCGCGGCGAGGUGGAGGCGCUCGUCGGCUUCCUGGCCUUCAUGGAGAUCUUCGAGCGGCGGCAGCUGCGCGUGGUGCUGGAGAUCACCAGCCUGGACAUCUGCUACCCGGAGAAGGUGGCCGGGGUGCUCAACGCCAUGAACACGCUGCUCUCGGACGCCAACAGCCCCUUCAUCUUCCUGCUGGCCGUGGACCCCAGCGUGAUCGUGCCGUGCCUGGAGCAGACGAGCUGCAUGCGGGGCCUGGCCGACAACGGCUACCUCUACCUCAACCGCACGGUGACGCUGCCCUUCUCCAUCCCGGAGAUGGGCGCGCGCUCCAAGCUGCAGUGCCUGGAGGAGGCGGUGCAGACGCGCGAGGACCUCAUGUACCGCAUCAUCACGCGGUCGCUGCGCGGGGCGGGGGGGGCGGGUGGCCAAGGGAGCGGGGCAGAAUUCCCUGCAUCUCCGCCCAUCCCUUCCCCGACUCCCUCUCCCAAACCCGCCCCCCAAGCCGCAAUUCCCCCCCAAAUCCCGCCUGGGGCCCGCGCCGGGAAGCAGCCCCCCAAUUCCCGGCCCGCGGAGGCGCCAAGGACCAAGGAGACGGCCGGGGACGGAUGCGGGUUUCGUUUAAUAGAAAACAGUGUUAUUAACCCCAAAAAAAAGAAGGGGGAGGGGGGACAACAAAAAACGAAAGAGGAAGAAGAAGAAACAACCCAAAAGACGAAUGUCAGCGACUACCCCCCCGCCCCGUAG